UCCUUAAACCUUCAAACCCUACCGCCUUCACACACACAACGCUCACACGCGUCCACCAUCCCCCAUCCAUCCCCUCCCAACGGUCCAGAUUUCAUCUUUCUCCCCUUUUAUAUAAAUGUUUCAGUCCUCCUCAGGCUGAUAUGUUGUUUCUCACCAGCUCAGAAAACUCUGAAAUAACAACAAAAUGGUGGAAUCUAAGUGACAGUUUUUUCAGUCUCUGUCCGCACGAUUCGAUUCGCCAAUCCGAUUCGACUUCUUCUUCAAAUGGAGAGUCUAACUCUGCAGGAUGUCGAUUCUCGAUUUGAGAAUUGCUACGUGAAUAGGAGGCAGAGGAGCAUCACCGACCGGUGCUCCCACGAGCUUGCUUCGGUUUCGUCUUCGAAAGAGCACGAUCCCUCCUCCUCCUCCACCCACUGGUCCUCCGAGAAUCCCCAAUCCCCCACUGAAAUCCUUGUUUCCGCUGUAGGAGGAAGCGGAAACGCAGAGGAGGAGAAUGAAAAGGAUAUGUUGACGAGGACAUCCUGCCUCUCAUACGGCUCGAUCUCCUUGAUAGGACGGCGGAGAGUGAUGAAUGACGCCGUGGUCGUGACGACGGUAGACUCCUACCAGUUCUUCGCAGUCUACGACGGCCACGGCGGCUCUUCAGUGUCGAACGCGUGCCGCGAUCGGCUGCACCACCUCCUGGCUCAGGAGGUGGAGCCGUGGAUACGCGGUGGCGAGGGGGUGGUCGACUGGGAGAAGGUCAUGGCCUCGUGCUUCACCAAAAUGGACGAGGAGGUCGGCGGCAGUGUCGUUGGCGCCGACACGGAAGGUAAUAGGGUGAACACGGUGGGGUCCAGUGCAGUGGUGGUGAUUGUGGGGCAAAACGAGGUCGUAGUGGCCAAUUCUGGAAACUCACGUGCCGUUCUGUGCCGAGGCGGCGUGGCGAUUCCCCUGUCACGUGACCACAACCCGGACCGACCCGACGAGCGCGAGAGAGUGGAGGCAGCGGGAGGGAGAGUGAUCAACUGUAACGGAUGCCGCGUCCUCGGAGUUCUGGCUACGUCGCGGUCGAUCGGCGACCACUACCUGAAGCCGUACGUGAUAUCGGAGCCGGAGGUGACGAUAAGCGAGAGGACCGAGUACUGCGACUUCCUCGUGAUUGCGAGCGACGGGAUUUGGGAUGUCGUUUCGAACGAGCAUGCGUGUCAGGUAGUGCGGAGGUGCCUGGAUGCGGACAAGAAGAGGAGGUCGUCGGAGGGGAUGAGCGGAUCGAAUGCGGCGGCGGACGCGGCGGCUUUGUUGGCGCAGUUGGCUUUGGCGAGGGGGAGUAAAGAUAAUAUUACUGUGAUCGUCAUUGAGCUCAACAAGUCCGCCUCCUGAUGAAUGUUUCGUACGAGUUGAUGUCUCCUAGUGUUUUUGUGGCAUGUACUAUAGUUUUGAAAUCUGCAAACUUCUUUCGUUGUACAUAUUAUUAUGUUUUAAUUAAACCUGUACUUUUGUUACUCAUAAGUAAGCUUAUAGGUUUAAGUGCAACUGCAAGCAUGAUAUACAUUUCGGGUUGCUGGGAGAUGAGAAGGUGGUUUAUUUCUCCAUCUUGAAUGGAAUGUUGUCUGACAUCAAUCUAUGAUUAGAAAAGGAUAAUAAUAUUUUAUCUGCUCGGAA